UGGGUGGGGACUGCGUCGUGUCAGGCUGAGGGGGACCUUCGGUGACUCGGUCCUCUGGGAUCUGCCCUCCACCACCAAAUUGAAGUUUCUCUCCUGUCCUCUUAUUUCUUCUUCAGACAGGGAAGGGUGGAGCGAUAAAUACCGUCCAGAAAGAGUUCUUCAGAGGGGCUCUUGCCCGGACCCCUUGAAAAGACGGGAGCCCCAAACCGGUGACCCCCGCCCUUAAGGCUGGGUCCCGGCGUAGAGAAGGAGGGUCCCCAGCGGCGUGUGCGGGGUGUGUAAGAAAGCGGGCUCUGUGCAGGGAACAGAGAGCCCCGUGUGAAGUCCGAACAAGGCAGCCUCAGUUCUCGGCGCUGUCACAACUCUGGCGUUUCCAGCUGUUAAAAAAGCAAACUUCUGUUGACUGCAGAAUCGCUGGUUCCCAGGAAAACCGGGGAGCUGUUUGACUCAGUUUCAGGCAGCUACAUUCCAAAUACACUUGGAAGAAUAAGUCUUAUUUCCAUUCACUUUCUCUCCAUAUCAAGUCAACCAGAAAAAUAAGUUUCAGCUGUCCUCAAAAAUUCCAAGGCUAUAGUCUCUCUGGGCUGAAGAAUCUGAUGAGUUCUAUUAGAGUGUUUCUCAAAUAGGUAUUUCUCCGCUGAAAUGAAAUUUAAGUGUUUCUACGGGCUUAAGGAUAUGUGAAAGAAAACCUCGGUUUCAGUCUCUCUCUGAAUGAUGGCCACAACCCGUGAUCCACGCAGCACUUCUAUUGGGAACGUGUUACGGCAAAUUGGUUAAAAUAGCUUUGGCAUCCAACUAGACCUGGAUUUUGAGUCCAUCUCUGCCACUUACUGUCUAAUUGACGUUGAACCAGUUACUGAUCCUCUUUAGACUUAGUUUCCUCAACUGUAAAAUACAGAUAAUAAACCCUCUUCUAAUAAGGGCGGUUGUGAUGCUUCAGUGAGGUCAAUAUUGAGUGGUUAACAUAGCGCCUGACUGCUCGAUAAAUGGUACCUAUUAGCGUUAUUAUCAACGACUACCUUGAGUAUCAGGUUCUUACAAACAAAAACUGAAUUAGCUGGCUGUAUUAUUUCAGGGGUAGAUAUUAUCAUUCUUUCUUAAUCAUAAAUUCUUUUUUGGGUGUUCAUAUGAAAGCCACAAAGGAAGUACAACAUAUCAAAUUCAACAUGUCCAAAAUGAAUCAUUAUUUCCUCCCUGCAAAUCUUCUCUUGCAGUCACUUUCUAUCAUUGACAUUAAUCUCCAUCUUCCCAAUUACUCAAGUUAAAUUAUCUUUUAAAAGGCAAAAAUCAGAUAUGUCAUUCUACUUGAAAAUCUUCCGUGACUUCUCAUUUGAUUUAAAAUAAAACCUAAAUUCCUUACCAUGGCUGUCAGAGCCCUAAGUCAUCUUGCCCUGCCCACCUCUCUACUUUCCUUUAUUUCUCUCCUGCUGGCUCACUUCCCUCCAAGUACACAAGACACUCCUCCGGUCUUGGAUUAGACCAAGCCUCAGGGCCUUCUCCCUGGCAGUUCCCUCUGCUUAGAUUUUUUUCCCCAAGCUCUUUAAAUAGCUGGCUUCUUUUCAUCCUCCAGCUUUCAGCUUAUUCAUUACAGUAUUCAGCAAGUAUUUAUUAAGUUUCUGCUAUGUGUCAGAAACUGAUCUGGGUGCUGGGAAUAUAGUGGCGAGCAAGACAGAACACACCCCCGGCUGUCAUGAAGUUCAAUAAAAAUAAAUGACAAGGAAAAUAUCAGGUUGUGAUAGGUACCAUGCAGAGAACUCAAAGGAGGAUGAUGUGAGAGUGGGUGACUGAAUGACUGCUUUAGACUGAGGGUCAAGGUAAGAAAGCCCUCUCUGAGAAAAUGGUAUCAAUCUGAGAUUUGCAUUACAAGAAAGAGCCAGCCUUCAAGCAAAGCUCAGGGAAGAGCGCAGUAGGCAAAGGAAACAACUAACGCAAAGUCCUGUGAGGACAAGCUUUGUGGGUUUGAGAAACUGGAAGAAGGCCACUGUGGCUUAAGCAAAGUGAGGGAGAGAAAAAGUACAAGAUGAAGUCAUACCAGAUCACGUGGGCCUCUGUAAGCCAGGGUAAUGAGUUUAGGCCUUAUUUUCUGAAUGUUGUAGUAGCCAGUGGAACAUUUUAAACAUAGGACUAACUUCAUCUGAUUUAUAUUUUUUAAAAGAGCCCUCUGAAACAGAUCCAGAAUUUGAGAUAUUCUACAAGAAGUCUAGGCCGGACUCUUCAUAAAUGUCGUUGUCAUGAAAAACAAAGCAAAAAAGCUGACUUCCAACUAUUAAAAAAAAGAAACAUGAUUUGGAAUUAAAGGAUUGCUCCUCUGUAUUACAAGGCCCUUCGACCAGUUCACUCCGUGAUGUCCAGAGACCCCAAGAAGGAGAAUGGGACACACAAUGAAGACAAUCCAUGAAAACCAGAAGAUCUACUCUUACAAUUGAGAACAUCAAGACCAGGCUGCAAAGGACAAAGGAGGUCAGGCUGCACAUACAUGGAUGAAGCCGAUUUCUCAGAAGAUACAACUUCUAAGCAACAGGAGGAUUUGCCUUAUGAUGGAGAUUUCUCCCAAGUUAAGAUAUACAGUGAUUGCAAUUUUACCUCAAAAAAUGACGUCCUUGAUGUCUCAAAUCAAAUUACUUUAGCGAUAGAUGACCCUCAAGAAAAGACUCCACAUAAGGAGACUUGCAGGAACGAAGACAUGGCCAUGUCUCUGGAUAAAAUGACUGAAGAUGCUGUCAACAAAAACUGUGAUGAAGAGAAACAAUGCACCGUAAAUCUUCAUAUUCCAGCUGAUAAAAGACACCCUGCAAAGUCAAACAUUUCUGAUAUUUUACUUCAUCAUCUUUCUAAAGAGGAAUUCUUAAAAGGUCAAGGCAUUAAUUGUGAAACUCUCCCAGAGAUCUCUAAUGCUGACAGUUUUGAUGAAACUAUUAGUAAAAACAUUAUUUUGCAGUAUGUUAAGCAUUCUUGGCCAAAAGAACAAACCCCAGAACUCACUGACCAACUCAACCCCAAAGCGGAUGAUGAAAACAGCAAUAAGCCCACUUGUUCUCCAACCACGACAGAAGGAAACAGCUCUGAUGUAGAAGAGCUGUCUGGAGACAGCAGCCAGCAAGAAAAGUCAAAUUUUCCAACUAAAAUCGAGAGUCCAAGUGAUAAACAAAAAAGUUGCCAAGGGCAGACACCCCAGAAACAGCAGACUGAAAAAGCAAGUUCAGGCAAUGGGUUUAAACAUGGCCAAGAUCAAGUUCAUUGCCUGCUCUCUGAUUUCUCUAAGGUUGCUCCCAAAGUAAAAAUCCCUAAAAGUAGCAUAAUUGAGGAACCAAUUACAAUAGAUAAACAAGCCAACUUUUCUCCUAACUGGAGAUAUAAGUCAGCUAUUAUGCAAGAUAUUUUAGAAAACAUGUCUAGGUCAAAUUGUGUUGAAAUACAAGAGCCGAAAAUGAAGACUACUGAACCAUCGGAACAGAUAGAGAUGGAACCCACAAUACGUAUCCACCAAGAACAUCUCACAGGACUAAAACCUGAGACAAGUCUCUUUAAGUUGUCAUCAGCUUCUCAGAAAGACCCUUCCUCAAGUUCUUGUAUAUUUCAAAAGCUAUCCCAAGGGAAACAGAUGUGUCAGAAGUUAAAAGAACAGACUGAUCAACUGAAGACUAAAAUACAAGAAUUUUCCAAAAGCAUAGCACAGGACUCUUCCUAUCGUUUUCAAGACAAGAGGCUGGUCCUGGAGAAGCUGCAGGGACGUCUUGAACUGCUGGAGCAGGAAUUUCUGGCCAAGAAGGAGAAGCAUCUGAGUUUGAAGCAGCAAGUCCACAAGCACGAACCCCCAGCUGUUGGUGACUUUGAUCCAGAAAGAAAAGUGGAAGGUGAAAUCUUCAAGUUGGAGAUGCUACUUGAAGAUGUUAAAGAGAAAAUUGAUAAAGGCAAAUGCACUUCAGCUCUCUCUCUUCCUGUGAGCUCUCCAAUCAUCCUGGAUGAGUUGGCAUCCACAUCCUCUCCAUCUUUAAAUGAGGAGGACCCCGGCACCGCCUCAGGAGGGCAGGAACGUGCAGAGAGAACCAGUCCAAGCUGUGCCUUCUGCCUCCGGGUCCUUGAAUGGAAGCAAAAAAUGGAGAAAGAAGGCCACAGAAGAAUCAACUGUGGAAGGUUUCCCAAUGCCAUUCAAGACAAGGCACGGCCCGCAGAUUCCAUUCUCUGUUAUGAUACGGUACACAGCUGCUAUUCCUGCUAUUCUACUUUGGGCACUGGACUGCAGAAUAACAAACGUGAGGACUGCGGCUCUAAGACUCGUAACUCCAGAAAAGUCUGCGGUAAAGAACCAGCUAAAGAAUUUCAUUAUAGAUACAACAUCCCAGGACAGAACUACUUGAAUUGUAGCGAAAGAAGAGCCUGUGUCCCGCUCUGCUUUUUAAAUGAAAAUAAAAAUUCUUCACCUUCUCAUUCAAAACCAAACUGGAUCUGUUCCCAGAGAGCGAAUUCAAAAUCUUCUCAAGAUGAACGCGAGCCCAUACCAGGAAAAAAAGAUCUUAAGGCUUUCAUGACCUACAGUUCAGACCCUGCUACACCUCUGCCCCAUUUCCACUCCUGCAGGAUUUCUGGCAGCACAUCCUUAAGCAACUUUAGCAGUACAGAAGACAUGGAAGCUGAGAUUUUAAACUCAUCUUUGGAUCACGCCCUAAGGACGGCAACCACUUUGAAACAAACUACUGAUCAAAUGAUUAGGACCAUAGCAGAAGAUCUUGCCAAAAUACAGAGAUGGAGGAAUCAACUGAAAUAUUAGUUUGACGUAAGGAUUAAAAAAAAAAAGCAA